AUGCAAUUUCGACCUCCCCCUUCCCCCUCAUCCGCCUCCUCCGCCUCCGCCUCCUCCUCCACGUGGGCCCCGCAAGGGGCGCCGCCUCAGCUCCCGAUCGUCCAGCUGGAGGACGAGGAGGACCACGGCAUCCGGCUGGUCCACCUCCUCAUGACCUGCGCCGACUCCGUCCAGCGCGGGGACCCGGGCCUCGCCCUCUCCCUCCUCGACGAGAUGCGCCCCCUCCUGACACGCGUCGGCACCUCCUUCGGCAUCGGGAAGGUCGCCGGCUGCUUCGUCGACGCCCUCAGCCGUCGGAUCUACUCCUCCCCAGAUCCCCGGCCCUCCCAGUCGGACUUCGAGAUCCUCUACCACCACUUCUACGAGGCUUGCCCCGACGGCCGCGACUCCCUGCGCGAGGUCGGCCUCCGCCUCGCCGAGCUCGCUCGCUCCGUCCACGUGCGCUUCGCUUUCCGCGGCGUCGCAGCCAACCGCCUCGACGACGUCAAGCCCUGGAUGCUUGUUGGAAUUUCAUUUUGUUAG